UAUCAGUAAGUUUUUAAAUUUAAUCGCAAACACGAGAGAGAAAUCAGAAAAUUUUGUUUUCAUGUAUGUACAAUUUUACAGUCGCACAAACGAUGAAGACAAUUUAUGCAUUAUUUAUUGUCCUCGGUUGCCUAAUUAGCGUGUUGCCUUUUAUUGUGCAUGCUAUACCCCUGCCCCUCGCCGACAAUGACCGGGCUGCCAGCAAUCAGAUUUUCGUGCCCGCGAACAGCACCGUUCAAUGGAAGUCCAGGAUGGUCAUGGAGGACCUGGCUGCAGCUGCGGAUAACUCUGGAUACCGAAGACGCGAAUUGGAACGUCAAAUCAUGGCGAAUGGGACAUGGCCUGGCCAGGACAAAAUGGGCCUGUUUCCGGGUGUUUAUCAGAGCAAACUUCGCACAGCGGGAAAACCAACAGCAGCGAAAGGGAAAGCGUUGGUGUCGGUUCCUCAAACGCUUGUAAAAGCUGGUCUCAAUUUCUGGGCCAAGCCCAAAGCGAAGCCAAAAGGUGAUGUUGGAAAUGUUUCAGCUGAUGGAGAUGACACUGGAGAUGCACCAGCACCAGGAGAACCCGCACCAAAAUUAUCACCUAGAGCAGUCAGUGGUAAAACACGUACAAAAAGUUUAGAGAGAACAAUAUCCAUACCGCGAUUGCAGAGCGAUCAUAUCGGCAAUUGGGUAAUCAAUCCGUGGGGUAUCACCUUCGGAGUACUGUGGCAAGAUACGCGAAUGAACUACCAAGUAAAGAAUCUCAAGACAGAUUUUGUGUUUGAUCGUCAAUAUGGUGGCCACUAUGCAGCAAUGUACCACACGGCACAGACCCAAGUGUGCAGAGGCAAAUCGACAAUUUACAACAAGCUGCGGGUAUACAAGUGGCUGGAGCGCCGCAUCCUAUCAAAUAAUACACAAAAUUUCGCAGUGUUCACCAAGUACAGACCCAUCUGGUUGGAUCUCCGAAGGGAGAUCUACACGUUGGGCAGAUCCGAGGCCUGUCACGUAUCGGCAAUGGACGAUUGGUUUCUGUACAACAAUUGCGCCAUAUUGCGGAAUAUGCGAAUGGAGUAUAUGAUACCCAAAUAUCCAUUGCAUCAGAUCGGGUAUUGGCAUGAACACUAUAGAAAGGAGCAUACGUAUUGAUUGUGAAUGUAGCAGCAAUAUCAUUAAAAAGUCUUCCCUUGAAAUUAGCAGUUGCAGUUGUUAUUCACCUACGAACUAGAAGUGUGAAACGAAAAAAGGAUUAACCGAUUCUAUGUACAAUGUAUACAAAUACAAUGUGUAU